AUGAAUAAAGGACCUAGUGAUUUCCAAAAGUAUGCUCGAGUCAUACAACAACAAUUAUCCAAAACUAACAGAGGCCCAUACGGUUCUAGCGGUCCAAGAGGCGGUCCAGGUGGACCCCGUGGGGCAUUAGCUGGAUUAGGUGGAUUGAUCUUACUUGGUGGUAGUGCAAUGUUAUUAAACUCAGCACUGUUCAAUGUGGAUGGUGGUCAUAGAGCCAUUGUUUAUUCACGUAUAAGUGGUGUUUCACCACGGAUUUAUCCUGAAGGAACUCAUUUUGCCAUACCAUGGAUUGAAACACCAAUCAUCUAUGAUGUGAGAGCAAAACCACGUAAUGUGGCAUCAUUGACUGGUACUAAGGAUUUACAAAUGGUUAAUAUUACUUGUAGAGUUCUUUCUAGACCUAAUGUUGGACAAUUGCCUACCAUAUAUAGAACAUUGGGACAAGAUUAUGAUGAAAGGGUGCUACCAUCUAUUGUUAAUGAAGUCUUGAAAGCUGUAGUGGCACAGUUUAAUGCUUCACAAUUAAUUACUCAAAGAGAAAAAGUUUCUAAAUUGAUUAGAGAGAAUUUGAUGGGUAGAGCCAAUAGGUUUAACAUCCUAUUAGAUGAUGUUUCCAUUACAUUUAUGACAUUUUCACCUGAAUUUACUAAUGCUGUAGAGGCUAAGCAGAUUGCUCAACAAGACGCUCAAAGAGCUGCGUUUGUAGUUGAUAAGGCAAGACAAGAAAAGCAAGGGAUGGUUGUUAGAGCUCAAGGUGAAGCUAAAUCUGCAGAAUUGAUUGGUGACGCAAUUAAGAAAUCUAAGGAUUAUGUGGAAUUGAAAAGAUUAGAUACUGCAAGAGAAAUUGCUAGAAUCUUGGCUAAAUCUCCAAAUAGAGUUGUUCUUGAUAACGAAUCGUUAUUAUUGAAUACAUUGGUUGAUGCAAGGUUCGACGCCAAAAAAGAUAAAUAA